CUGUCAGCCUCAGCUGCCGACUGAACUCCGUUCCCUCCCCGGCUCUGUACCAUAUCGUCUCGUCCGCCAUUUGCCGCUCCAAUUACUACUCCCACAGAGAGAAUGUAAUUAAAUAAACAAAUAAAAAUUCAACCAACCCUCCAUUCCCUUGUUUCCCGUCAAAACCCGAUAGCCGUUGGAUCUGGAGCUGUCCCCUAGAAUAUGGACAUUCUCUUCGCCCAGAUCCAAGCUGACCUCCGCUCCAACGACGCUCUCCGCCAGACCGGCGCUCUCCUCCUGGCCCUCCAGCAAUCCGCCGCCGGCCGUGACAUCUCUCUCCUUGCCAAGUCCUCGGUGGAGGAAAUCGUCGCCUCCCCGGCCUCCGCCGUGUCCAAAAAACUCGCCUUCGAUCUCAUCCGCUCCACCCGCCUCACCGCCGACCUCUGGGAUACCGUCUGUGUUGGCGUCCGCAACGAUCUCGAUUUCCCCGACCCCGACGUCACCGCCGCCGCCAUAUCCAUCCUCGCAGCUAUCCCCUCUCACCGCCUCGGCAAUCUCAUCGCCGACUCCAGCAAGGAGAUCGAGAACUGCUUUGGCUCCCCGAGUGACAAUCUCCGCUUCUCCAUCACCGAAACCCUCGGCUGCAUCCUCGCCCGCGAUGACGUUGUCACGCUUUGCGAGAAUAGCGUGAACCUCCUCCACAGAGUCUCCAACUGGUGGACCCGCAUCGGCCAGAACAUGCUCGACAAAUCUGACAACGUCUCGAAGGUCGCGUUCGAGUCCGUUGGCAGAUUGUUCCAGGAGUUCGAUUCGAAGAGAAUGAGCAGAUUGGCCGGUGAUAAGUUAGUGGAUAGCGAGAACUCGCUUGCGAUUCGGUCGAAUUGGGUUUCGUCGAUGGUGGACUUCGUGUGGAAGAGGCGGAAUGCGUUGAUGGCAAGGUCUUUGGUCUUACCAGUCGAGAGUUUCAGGGCCACGGUGUUCCCAAUUGUCUAUGCGGUGAAGGCCGUGGCUUCGGGGGCUGUGGAAGUCAUUCAGAAGCUAUCGAAGUAUUCUUCCACUAAUGGCAGGGCUAUUGUGGAUUCGAAUGCUGAAAGGUUGAUUGGAGUUUCGGACGUGGUUUCGCAUUUGGCACCGUUCCUGUCGUCGUCAUUGGACCCAGCUUUGAUUUUCGAAGUGGGGAUAAACAUGCUGUAUUUGGCUGAUGUACCUGGAGGGAAGCCCGAGUGGGCUUCACAGUCGAUUAUUGCAAUUCUCACGCUUUGGGAUAGGCAAGAGUUUUCGUCCGCAAGAGAGAGUAUUGUCAGGGCCGUUGUUACGAAUCUACACCUCCUCGAUCUUCAUAUGCAGGUUUCAUUGUUUAAGAGGCUGCUUCUUAUGGUGAGAAACUUGAGGGCCGAAUCGGACCGCAUGCAUGCUUUGGCAUGUGUUUGUAGGACAGCUCUAUGUGUUGAUCUUUUUGCAAAGGAAAGCGUUCGAAGAGGUCAGAAACCUCUUGCAGGAACUGAGAUUGCUUCUCUUUUUGAGGACGCAAGGAUAAAGGAUGAUCUUAAUAGUGUAACGAGUAAAAGCUUAUAGGAGGAGUUAGUAGCAUCCCUGGUGGAAAGUUGCUUUCAGUUGUCUCUACCUCUGCCUGAACAAAAGAACUCAGGUAUGGAGAGUAGGGUCAUUGGAGCUUUAGCAUAUGGAACUGGUUAUGGUGCACUAAAUUGGACAGAGCCUGCAUUGGAAGUGGUGGAAGUUUGUAGGCCUUGCGUCAAAUGGGACUGUGAUGGCCGGACCUAUGCAAUUGAUUGUUACCUGAAGCUACUUGUUAGGUUGUGCCAUAUCUAUGAUAAGGGAGGUGUAAAAACAGUUAAAGAUGGUGCUUCUCAGGAUCAAAUUUUAAAUGAGACGAGGCUGCAGAACUUGCAGCGGGAACUUGUGAAAGAUCUACAAGAGGUGAAUACCCCAAGAAUAUGUGCCCGCCUUAUUUGGGCUGUUGGUGAACACAUAGAUCUAGAAGGAUUGGAUCCACUUCUAGCUGAUGACCCUGAUGAUCCGCUUAAUAUAAUUGUAACAAAUAUUCACAGAGUUUUGUUCAACAUAGAUUCAUCUGCAGAUACGACGAAUAGGCUUCAAGAUGUUCAGGCAGUCCUCUUAUCUGCUCAGCGGUUGGGAUCACGCCACCCUCGGGCAGGGCAGUUACUGACUAAAGAACUUGAAGAGUUUAGAAGCAAUAGUUUGGCUGAUUCUGUCAACAAGCAUCAGUGCCGCUUAAUAUUGCAGAGACUAAAAUAUGUUUUAAGUCAUCUGGACAGUAGGUGGGCAGGGGUUAGUGAAGCCAGAGGAGAUUACCCAUUCAGCCACCACAAGCUAACUGUUCAGUUUUAUGAAGCAUCUGCGGCUCAAGAUAGAAAGUUGGAAGGAUUGGUUCACAAGGCUAUUUUAGAGCUAUGGAGGCCAGAACCUAGUGAACUAACUCUUUUGCUGACAAAAGGAGUUGACUCUACUUUACUGAAGGUUCCACCAACCGCAAUUACUUUGACUGGUAGCAGUGAUCCAUGCUACGUUGAAGCAUACCAUUUAGCGGAUUCAAGUGAUGGAAGGAUCACUCUGCAUUUAAAGGUCCUAAAUUUAACAGAGCUUGAACUAAAUCGAGUGGAUAUCCGUGUUGGUUUAUCCGGCGCAUUGUAUUUUAUGGAUGGAUCUCCGCAAGCAAUUCGGCAACUGCGUAAUCUUGUUUCACAGGAUCCAGUACUCGCAGAUGUGACGGGGUGAGUGUCCCAUUUUGAGAGAUGCGCCCAAGUCUUAUAUACUAUCCUUUAUGGGAGUGGUGCUUUGGGAGAUUAUGAGGGUGACUAUACUGAAGAGGAUCCACAAAUCAUGAGACAAAAGAGAAGCUUAAGACCAGAACUGGGAGAGCCUGACUUUGAGAUGUCAGCCUUACAAAUUCCACUAACUGAACUUCUUUUGCCCCCAAAAUCUCUCCUGUGUGAAUUUUUCCGCCUAUGGCCUAGUUUGCCAGCUAUAGUGGAGUGCACAGGUACAUAUACAUACGAAGGAAGUGGCUUCAAGGCUACUGCUGCACAACAGUAUGGUGCAUCACCUUUCUUAAGUGGACUGAAAUCUUUGUCGUCUAAGCCAUUCCACAGAGUUUGUUCACAUAUCAUCCGGACAGUGGCAGGCUUUCAGCUUUGUUUUGCCGCAAAAACUUGGUAUGGAGGCUUCUUGGGCAUGAUGAUCUUUGGGGCCAGUGAAGUGAGCAGAAAUGUGGAUUUGGGAGAUGAGACAACUACCAUGAUGUGCAAAUUUGUGGUUCGAGCUUCUGACGUGUCAAUUACAAAAGAGAUUGGAUCAGAUCUACAGGGAUGGUUAGAUGACCUAACUGAUGGGGGUGUGGAGUACAUACCCGAAGAUGAAGUGAAGGUGGCUGCUGCUGAGAGGCUUAGGAUCUCAAUGGAAAGAAUUGCCUUACUAAAGGCAGCCCAACCACGACCAAAGACUCCAAAAUCUGAUGGUGAUGGUGAUGAUGAAGAGGAGAAUGAAGAGGAAGAUGAGGAUAAAAAGAAGAAAAAGAAAGAAGAGAAGAAAGAUGAUGAAGAAGAUGGGAAAACAAAGGGACCUUCAACCCUGUCGAAGUUAACUGCAGAGGAGGUUGAGCAUCGUGCUCUUCAAGCUGCAGUGCUCCAGGAGUGGCACAUAUUGUGCAAAGAAAAGAACCAGAACCAAAGUUGAUACCCUUUUUUUUUACCUUCUCUAAGUAUAUGGAACACAUUCUUUGAAUUUACUUGUAUUAUUUUCCUGGUGUAUGAAUUAGGUGGUAGUUGAAGGUUUGAUGGCAGAGAGGUUUAUUUUUCCCCUUUUUUUGGGUUUAUUUCCUUAUUUUUCAACCCCUGGGAGGGUUAGCCGGUUGUACAUCUUGUAUCGGGUGGCCAUUGGCUCUUAUUCACUUCGGGAAUUUAACGGUUAGGAAUAUGAUUCGUGAUGGUA